UCCUUCUUGCUCCUCUCCUUCCGUUCCUAUCCGGGAAGAGGAGCUGCUGUGGUAAAAUUUGGGACUUUGCUGCAAAAUGAAGUCAGAGCUGGGGAUGUCCAUUGAUGUGCAAUCAUCAGUGCUCCAAUGUUCAGCAUCUUUCACCACAUCUCGGAUACCGAAGUGUCCAAAUGCAGCAAGAUAUUAACAAUAUCCAGGGAUGGACAGAUAAAUGUCCACUCACAAAAGUGAAGCUCAUCAAUGAGCUAAACGCAAGGGAGGUGGAGUUGGGUGUACAAGAUAAAGUGUCCUGGCAUUCAGAGUACAAGGACAGUGCAUGGAUCUUUCUGGGUGGCUUGCCCUAUGAAUUAACUGAAGGAGACAUUAUCUGUGUGUUUUCACAGUACGGCGAGAUUGUUAACAUCAAUUUAGUUCGCGAUAAGAAGACUGGAAAAUCAAAAGGCUUCUGCUUUAUCUGUUAUGAGGAUCAGAGAAGCACCAUUUUGGCUGUGGACAACUUUAAUGGAAUCAAGAUUAAGGGAAGGACCAUCCGUGUUGACCAUGUAGCCAAUUACCGUCCUCCAAACGAUGGAGCUGAUGUUGAUGCUGUGACUAAAAGACUGAGAGAGGAAGGCUGUGCACCUAAAGCACCUCCAUCAGCAUCAGAUUCCUCAGAGUCCUCUGAAGAGGAUGUUAGCUCAGUGCCAGCAAAGAAACAGAAGAAAGAAAAGAAAAAGAAAAAGAAAAGAGGAAAAAAGGAGAAAAAAGUCAAGGUAAAGAAAGAAGCUGCCUCCAAACAGUUGAUCAAGAACUCUGGCCGAAACCAAUCACCUCCACCCCCGGUAAGAAUCAAGAGAGAAAGAGAGGAUGUGGGGUAUGAUAAAUAUGCCAAAACAAACCAAGACAUUCAUCGGGAUGGUAGUGUGGACCACAGGAAUGAAGAAAGAGGAAAAGGAGAUGGAAGGAAACACACAAAUGGAGCUGAUGAAAUGAGGACCAGAGAGAAACACAGAGAAAGGAGUCGAACUAGAAACUCUGAGAGAGAGGAAAGGCGAAAAGGUGAUCAAAAUGGGAGAGGAUCUGGCAAUGAAAGGUCAGAGAGAGAUGUAAGACACACUCACGGUGAUGGGAGAGAGUUGAGAUAUGAUGAAGAAAGGCACAGUGAACAAGAGAAAAUGCGAAAAGAAAACAGGAUUGACAGCAAGAAUGAUGACCAUGACAAGUACAGGAAAUACAGUCGCAGUAAGAGAGACGAGUGGGAUUCACAUUGUGACAGCAUCAAGCAUAAAGAGUCAAGAUUUGAACAUGACAAAGUCAGCCUUAACAAGGGAAAAUACAAUUACAGAGACAGUGAUCAGAAAAGAAACUGAACAGUCAGAAGUCUGCAGCUAAAUGCAAUACACCUCCCCAUCCAAAGUCUAUGGACAAAAUAAAGUCCCAGCAGUUAAUAACCAGAAAUAAAUAUUCUGAAAUUUGUUGCUUUC